CUAGCUAGAAAUUAAAAGCCGACAACACACCACUGACACCCAGCAAAACUACUACGAUCCAUUCGGAUAAAGAAGGGAGCUCAAAAACUGGAAAAUGGAUCCUUGUGAAUGCUCCAAAACUGGAUCUUGCAACUGCGGUGGAUCCUGCAAGUGCUCCAACUGCGCAUGCACCAGUUGUAAGAAAGCAAGUUGCUGCGACUGCUGUCCCUCCGGCUGCAGCAAGUGUGCCUCAGGCUGCGUGUGCAAGGGCAAGACUUGUGAUACCAGCUGUUGUCAGUGAGGCCUGUGUAUGACAUCACAAUGCAGUCCAUUCCCUAUGACUGAAGUUGUACCAUCUUGAGCAUAGAUUUUGUACAUUGUCAAAUGUAAGGCAAUAAAUUGCAUCUAACUUA